AGAAGAAGCGCUUUUCGGCCAGCUCUCCGCCGUUUCUUUUGCUGUGACGCCGUCUUUCUAUUUGUCAUGGCCUUCUUUGAAGAAGGGGGUGAAGCGGCCCUUGCGCCGCGGCCGGUUUUGGGCCCACGACGACCGAGACCUGUCACGGAUUAUGGCUCGUCGCUGGUGCAAUGGGUGCGGGUUCGGCAGCCUCGAUACAAAGGAUCUCCCAGACUGGAAGUAGAGCGGCCGAGUGCUAGCUAUACCGUUGAUGUUCGUCUGCCUUUCAACCUGUGAAGCUAGGGAGCUAUAUAACUUACCCUUGAAUUACUCCGCCAGAUGCUUCCUCCAGUGGCUACGAUACACUCCGCUGCAAAUACGAUACCCGUUCGGCAUCUACAUCAAUCCAUUGGAAAAUCGAAGAAGCCCAUAACAGUCGUGAGAUGGACGCCGGACGGUCGUCGUUUGCUCACGGGUGGUCAUACGGGUGAAUUCAUGUUAUGGAACGGCACAGCUUUCAAUUUCGAAACUGUCAUGGAUGUAUGGUAGUGCCAGUUUUAUGCGUAUAACGGCUGAUGCUAACGGUGAAAUACAGGCACACUAUGACCAGUUCCAGGCUGGCGUGACAUCGGCUGCCUGGUCACAUAGCCACGACUGGCUUAUAUCAGGCGGACAAAAGGGUGAUGUCAAGUAUUGGAGACCAAACUUUAACAACGUCGAGACCGUCGAUGAUGCGCACCAAGAAGCGGUCAGGGAUCUGACAUGGUGUCCUAACGACUCAAAGUUUCUUUCAGCCUCGGAUGAUACGACACUGAAAAUAUUUGAUUUCACUGCACGGACGUGCGAGAUGGUCCUGACUGGACAUGGAUGGGACGUUAAGUCUUGCGAUUGGCAUCCAACAAAGGGUCUGCUGGUUUCAGGCUCCAAGGACCACCAAGUCAAGUUCUGGGAUCCUCGUACAGGCCGGUGCUUGACCACCCUACAUACCCAUAAGAACACCGUCACUACCACAAAGUUUUCCCCAGUCAACACUAACUUGCUGGGAACAUCCUCUCGCGACCAGACGGGCCGCGUGUUUGACCUGCGUAUGAUGCGGGACAUCUGUAUACUCAGAGGCCAUGACAAACCCAUUUCGUCUCUGGCCUGGCAUCCAAUGCACAGUACCAUGAUAUCCACCGGCAGCGAAGAUGGGUCCUUGUAUCACUAUCUACUUGACGAGCCUAAUCUUCCUGCCGGGCAGAUGCCUACUGUUGCUCCAUACGGCACUACAGAUCCCACCAACACUCCUGCUCAGGUAAUAUUCCCAGCACACAAGAUUCAAUAUGCUCACGGGUCGACUAUUUGGUCCCUUGACUGGCACCCGCUAGGCCAUAUCCUCGCUUCCGGAUCCAAAGACAACUUCACCCGUUUCUGGUCGCGUGCCAGACCGGGGGAGAUUAAUUAUCUCAAGGACCGAUUCCACAUCGGAGAAGAGGCUGCAGAAGCGCAAGGAACAUGGAACCGUGGAUUCGGACGGAAACAGAUGCGCGAGGAAGAAGAACAGGAAGCACAGGCAGAAGAUGAAAGCCGCAUGGACCAAAGACAAGCUGCCGAGUCACAAAUUCCUGGAAUUCAAAACGCUGCUGCUGAAGGCCAAGGCAUACCGGGUCUCCUUCCUGGCAUUGGGGCAUUACAGCCUCCACCUCCACCUCCACCAAAUUCAUCCGGGGCACCCCCAGCUCUUCCACAGAUGGAUCCCGGGCGAUUAGCUGCCAUGCUAUCCCAAAGCGGCCUCCCUCCUCCACCUCCGCCGCCGGGCCAGGGUCAACAGCCUCCAUUUCCACAUGGCACACAGCCACCACCACCACCUUUCUUCUCCAACCCGAACAUGCCGGGCAGCAUACCGCCAAACAUAGCUCACAUGUUCCCUAACCCACAGUUCCCACCUCCCGGACUGCCACCCCAGAAUUUCGGGCAGCAGGGUUAUCCUCCUUCAGGGCUACCUGGGCUGUAUGCUGGAGCGAACGAAAAGCCAAAGUGAAUAAUCAUGGAAGACGUUAUCUUCAAGCUUAUAUAAAGGCACACUGCGCCAAGUGUCAGCAUAUUGGCAAGCCAACCAACAUACUACGGUUAAGGGCACCCCAUACCUACGGCCAAGGAAUUCAUUCCUUAAAGGCUACCAAUAGCCAGCGUAAGCGUUGACAGUUACAUUGAAUCAACCCUACGACGCCGCUGCUACCUCAACAGCAUCCACAUAUGACACCACGACAUGUCAGACCGGCUGAGAUGUUACAACCUUAAGGAACUUCUUGCCUUUACCCAGUGCACAGGGAGCAAUUUCUGCUGUUACGGUGCAAGCCACUGGUUACACGCCGGGUAAUAGGGGUAGAGACAGCCGUCAAAAUAUAUCCGCUAUUCAACCAUCCCAAGCCAUUAUUGAUAUAUCACUUGACCUUCAUAUUCUCUUCUGACUCUGACAGUAAACUCCCCUGACUAUCCUUUAAUCCGACACCGUAACCAGCCACCCAUAGCCACCUGUAAUCUAGUAAACGUCGAACACAAUUCGAUUAAUAUAAAAAUCUCAAAAAAUGGCCCAUCAGAUGUAUGUGCUGACUAAGCAAUUCUACAAAGUGCAGAGUUGAAGCAGGAAAAAGAAGCACAAAAGCUCAAAAUC